UCAUUCAUACAUCGGCCAAAGUUUUAUUUUUUUCGCCCAAAAUUUUAUCAUACAUGCAAGGAUGAUUUGCGCUGCAUGUGUGUGCAUGUGUUUUUAAGGAUCUUUGUGUGGAAAUCUGUGUUGGAAUGUCUUGAAGCCCCUCCUCCAUCCUUUUUCCCCCAUUUCCCUGCGCGGCAAUGCAAGACGGCGGCGACCAAACGAUCUCCGCCACCGCUGCCACCACCACCACUACCACCACCGCCGCCAAUGGAGUCCACCACCACCACCACCACCAAAAUCACCACCAGCCGCACCACCACCUCCUGCUCGCGUCGCUCGGCCUCAAUCUUCUGCUGCUCGUCUUCUUCGCCAUAGAUUUCAAGCCGCUGGAGCGAAAAAAUGCCGCAAAGUCGUCGUGCUACCUCAACGCUUUCUCGCCGCAGUCCUGUCCCCCCUCCCAGAUUUCCUCCGCCCAUGAUUCCAUCACCAACAAGUCGUCCUUGUCCUCGUCGUCCUCCUCGUCCGAGCAGCAGCAGCAGCAGCAUCUUCCUGUCAAUCUGGAUCAUGGCGAUCCGACCAUGUUCGAGGCGUACUGGCGCGCCAAUGGAGACAGCUGCACCACUGUGAUCCUCGGCUGGGAGCAAAUGAGCUACUUUGCGAGCCGGAAGCACUUCCUCUGGUUCGUGGAGCAGGAGCUCGAGAAUGAAAUCCGGCAGCUGCACUCGCUCGUUGGAAACGCGGUCACCGAUGGCCGAUUCAUCGUCGUCGGCACUGGAUCCACCCAGCUCUUCCAAGCUGCAUUAUAUGCUGUCUCGCCCAGAGAUGGAGCUCAACCGGCCAGUGUCGUCUCGGCCGUUCCCUACUACUCGUCGUAUCCUGUGCUCACGGACUACCUCAAGUCUGGUAUCCAUAAGUGGGCCGGCGACGCUGCAAACUUCCAUCUCGCAGACUCCUCCUCCUCCUCUUCGUACAUAGAACUGGUGACUUCUCCAAAUAAUCCCGACGGCUCCAUGAAGCAUGCCGUGGUGCAAGGCAGCGGUCCUGUUAUCUACGAUCUCGCUUACUACUGGCCUCACUACACCCCCAUCACUGCUGCUGCGGAGCACGACAUGAUGCUGUUCACUGUCUCCAAGUGCACUGGACAUGCAGGCAGUCGAAUCGGAUGGGCCAUUGUCAAGGACGCUCAAGUGGCUCAAAACAUGGCGAAGUUUAUCGAGCUCAACACCAUUGGAGUGUCCCACGAUUCUCAGCUACGUGCCGCACAGAUCCUCAAAUCCAUUGUCAGAGGCUACAACCCCACCGCUGUUACUUCCCGGCCAUAUGAAAGUGAGUGCCAGGACCACUGCGUCAAGUCGGGCCGACUGUUCCACUUUGGCUACUCGGAGAUGAGCAGGAGAUGGGAUCUCUUGCAGCAGGCCGUGAAAGUCAGUGACAGGUUCAGCCUGCCAGAAUUCUCCCCAGCUUUCUGCGCCUUCUUCGGCCAAGUCACAUCGCCUCAUCCAGCAUUCGCGUGGCUCAAGUGCAACAGGGAUAGUGAUUGCAAGGAAGUGCUCAAGCUGGGAGGCGUACUCAGUAGGAGCGGUGUGCAGUUUGGAGUUGGGCCAGACUACGUGAGAAUCAGCAUGUUGGACAGGGAGGGCAACUUCGAAACGUUCAUCGCAAGGCUGUCUGAUAUGGCAGCUGCGUCCCUGGCAUCUACAGCAGCAUCAUACCAAGAACAGAUGUUAUAAGUGAAAGGAAGAGUUACCCGAGUUGUAGAGCAGUAGGCUGCAGCAGAUUCAUCUGCUGCAUUUUUGCAAGAGUAACUCCUGCUGUCAGGAAUGUCACGGUCUGUUCGAGUGAGAAUCCGAUUCUCUGAACCAAGAAUCACGUUGAUUU